AUGGCUAUUACAACGCCUUUCAAUACACUUUUCGCAGUGCCUAUGACCUGUGAGGCAUGCAUUGCAGACAUCUCAGGGUCAUUAAAGAAGCUUUCUGGUAUCCAGAGAGUGGAAGCAAAUCUUAAAGAUCAACUCGUGAGUAUCGAGGGCACUGCUGCACCUUCUGCUAUAGUAUCUGCGAUUCAAGCGACUGGUCGUGAUGCGAUUUUACGUGGUUCUGGGGGUUCAAACAAUGCCGCAGUAUGUAUUCUCGAGACACAUGCAACUUCAGUAUCAGAUAGAGUGAAAGGUCUGGCUCGUAUGGUGCAGGUGUCUCCUAACCUGACUCUCAUUGACCUUACGAUACGUGGACUAUCACCAGGAAGUUAUUGGGCGACGAUUAGAGAAACAGGUGAUAUAUCUGAUGGGGCAGUAUCAACAAGGGGUAUCUGGAGUGACCCCAAGGAGGGAGCACUCAAACCCAGAGGUUUCCUUGGUUCUGUACAAGUGGGUAAGGAUGGAGAAGGCAGUGUUUUUAUCGACAAGCCAAUUAAGAUAUGGGAAAUGAUAGGAAGGGGAAUGGUUGUCUCAAAACAGCAUGAAGGGGAAGCCAAAUUUGAAAAAAACGACAAUGAUACGCUUGUUGGGGUUAUUGCUAGGAGUGCUGGCGUUUGGGAAAACGACAAGACCGUCUGUUCCUGUUCAGGAAAGACGUUGUGGGAGGAGAGAAAGGAUGAGGUGAAGAAGGAGCAUACAGAGCAAUCCGAACUUCGAGCCCAAGCCGAUAGUGGAGAUUUUAACCGUUAA